UUGAGAGCAAAUCCAAUCAGAAAAAACUGAGCUGCUGUUGUGGAAUGUUGUUUCUGCAGCUGUUUUCGUUUGUAGUAAAUUAAAAUGUAAAUUAUUUGCUUAAGUUUUAUAAAAAUAUAAAAUAAACUAUCAUCAUGUGAAACAUUUCAAACCAAAAAAAAAACGACUAAACUGCAAAUAUUCAUCAAAAAACAAUAAACAAAAACUUGGCAAUUAGAAAACUAAAGCAACUAAACAACAACUAACAGUGGUGAAAGGCAAAAAUUUCAAGAAAUAGUGCCCGAUAUGGACGACGAGUAUUUGUUUAAUGAAAAGCAAUCAAUACGCGAAUCUUCGCGUACGCUGAAGAAAUCAUAUGGUAGUACCACAUGCUGCAAUCACAUGAGAAACAAUGAAGCGUUGAUCCGGCACGAGAUUGAGAAGACGGAUACACUGCAGGGUAUUGCACUAAAAUAUGGCUGUACGACUGAACAGAUACGCCGCGCCAAUCGCCUAUUUGCCUCCGAUAGUUUAUUUUUACGUCAGUAUUUAUUAGUGCCGGUUGAGAAAACAUCACCAUAUUAUCCAAAACCAGAUGAAAAUAACAUCACACACACAACAGCAACUACUCCAGCUGAAAUAGAAAAUAACACAGCCAAUAACAUCACAGAUGCAACGAACAAUCCACGUCCAAAUGCUUUACCCGCGCGUCCAUAUUCAAUAGCUGGGGAAUUGCUAUUACAAAACAGUGAUGAUGAUGCAGCACUGAAUAAUCACAAUGGUACUACUGGUGGCAGCAAACAGAGUAAAUCAUUAGAUUCUGUAGCAGCAAUGACACCUGAUGAAGAGAAUCGAAAAUGUAUAAAUGAUUUUUUAAAUAAAAUUGAUACAACCAUAUCGGAAUCAAGAAAAUAUGUUGAGAAAUCGAAAGAAAUGAUAACAAGUCAAAGCGACAAUGACCUGUUUGUAACCACCGAUUUUGUGGAGCGUAGACGCAAUAAUAACUUAAAUAAUUCAUAUAAAAAUGAUCGACAGAAUCAUCAAAACCAUCAACGUCACAGUUCAACUGGCAGCACCUCAGAUACGGCGCAAUUGCUGAAUACCACGCAAAUGAGACGUGUACAGAAUUCACUUAAACGACUGGAAAAACAACAGGAUGAAUUCUUUGAAUUGUAGCAUAAGGCAAUGAACGUUACUUAUUAUGAUUUUAUAAGAACUAAAUACUUUAAUACACAUUACAAAUACAAAGUAAAAAUAUGCUAAAAACAAAAUAAGUGUAAACACUAAACAACACACUCAUUGUUUUUAGUUGCAAAUCACAUAAAAUUUGCCUUUAAGAAUUAUUUAUAUAUUAUAUACCAUUUAGUUUAUAAACUACUGGCAACUGUGUUAUUUUGUCAAAAUUUACA